GGAUCAAAUAACCUGCUGAGUAUAUAUAAGAUUCUUCAAUUUAUGUGGAUAUUGUUUCUUUGGGAUUCAAUUUUGUUACCUCUUAAAAUUAGAUGGAAAAGAAAGAUAACUCCAAAAGUAGAAAGUACCUAUUGCUGAUGCAAAUGACAAACCCUAGUAGAACAAAUUCAAGACUUUCGGUUUUAGGAAGAUAAACUUCCAAAUUCAUUUGAUACUGUAUACUAUAAACCGGCAAAUUAACAAAUCAAGGUUAAAAUAUAAUAAACCGUCCCGGUAUGAUCCAACGGCUGAUGUCAUAAAACGUGGGGAAUAUUGGAUUAAAAUACAAAGACCCCGUUACGGUCGCAAAGAGAGGUGAGAACCGAAAGUCAGUCAAAAACACGUCAAUAUUGGUGGGAGACCGUGCACGUGACCGCACAGGAACUAAACCCGGACGUAUUGCCCGAAGAUUAAACCGGAUUUGAUAAUCGGCGACUGGUCCGGCUACCCUUGUUUUGUUUUCGUCUCGGCGGAUCGAUUUUUUCUCCGUCUGGGGUUGGUGUCUUUAUAUUUUCUUCCUUGUCUAAAAAAAUCUUAUCAAAGCUGUGAAAACCCUAGUUUCCAAUCCUCUCAUUAAUCUAUCAGUUUCCGAUUUCAUGAUCGGGUGCUGUAUAUGGAGACUAAUUGCUGGAGUUUAGGUUCGUCUGUUUUGAACUGAGCUUUUGGUUCUUGUUUGUCUGCUGUUGAAGACAUGGAUUUGGAAGCUACUUGUAAGGAUAAACUUUCAUAUUUUCGGAUAAAAGAGCUCAAGGAUGUGCUCACUCAGCUGGGACUUUCGAAACAGGGAAAGAAGCAGGAACUUGUCGACCGGAUCUUAACCCUUCUUUCUGAUGAACAAGCUGCCAAGGUGUGGUCUAAAAAGAAUACAGUGGCAAAGGAAGAAGUUGCAAAAUUAGUGGACGAUACAUAUAGGAAAAUGCAAGUAUCUGGGGCAAGUGAUUUAGCAUCAAAAGGACAAGUAAGUUCAGAUACCAGUAAUCUGAAAGUUAAGGGGGAGCCUGAAGAUCCCUUUCAACCAGAAAUUAAAGUUCGAUGUGUUUGUGGGAAUUCACUAGAAACAGACUCAAUGAUACAGUGUGAGGAUCCAAGAUGCCAUGUUUGGCAGCAUGUUGGCUGUGUUAUUCUCCCAGAUAAGCCAAUGGAUGGGAAUCCACCACUUCCAGAAUCAUUUUAUUGUGAAAUCUGCCGACUUACUCGAGCUGACCCGUUUUGGGUUACAGUGGCACAUCCACUCUGUCCAGUGAGGCUGACUGCGACGACUAUCCCAAAUGAUGGUACGAACACAAUGCAGAGUGUGGAGAGAACAUUUCAAAUCACAAGGGCAGACAAGGACCUGUUGGCCAAACAAGAGUACGAUGUUCAGGCUUGGUGUAUGCUCUUGAAUGACAAAGUUCUCUUUAGGAUGCAGUGGCCUCAGUAUGCUGAUCUGCAGGUCAAUGGUUUGCCUGUACGUGCAAUUAAUCGACCUGGAUCACAGCUUUUGGGAGUCAACGGCCGCGACGAUGGACCUAUUAUCACACCUUGUAUUAGGGAUGGAGUUAACAGAAUAUCCUUAAGUGGAGGUGACGUUCGGAUUUUUUGUUUUGGAGUUAGACUUGUGAAGCGCAGGACUCUACAACAGGUUCUAAAUUUGAUUCCAGAAGAGGGUAAAGGGGAGACUUUUGAAGAUGCUCUUGCACGAGUCCGCCGAUGCAUUGGAGGUGGAGGUGGAGAUGAUAAUGCCGACAGUGAUAGUGACAUUGAAGUUGUUGCUGAUUUCUUUGGUGUCAAUCUUCGGUGCCCUAUGAGCGGUUCUAGGAUAAAAGUUGCUGGGAGAUUUUUACCCUGUGUGCACAUGGGCUGUUUUGACCUUGAUGUGUUUGUGGAGUUGAAUCAACGUUCCAGAAAGUGGCAAUGCCCUAUUUGUCUGAAGAACUACUCAGUGGAGCAUGUAAUCAUCGAUCCUUAUUUUAACCGUAUCACGUCUGAGAUGAAGCAUUGUGAUGAAGAGGUGACUGAAAUUGAAGUGAAACCUGAUGGUUCUUGGCGUGUAAAGUCCAAAAGAGAGAGUGAGCGAAGGGAACUGGGGGAACUCUCACAGUGGCACGCACCAGAUGGUAGUCUUUACCCCUCUGCUGUUGAUAUUAAACGGAAGAUGGAAAUGUUACCGGUUAAGCAAGAAGGUUUCUCAGAUGGCCCGGCCCCUCUAAAACUUGGAAUAAGGAAAAAUCGUAAUGGCAUUUGGGAAGUUAGCAAACCUAAUACAAAUGGAUUAUCUUCCAGUAAUAGGCAAGAAAAGGUUGGGUAUCAGGAGAAAAAUGUUAUACCAAUGAGUAGUAGUGCUACUGGAAGUGGUAGGGAUGGUGAUGAUGCAAGCGUAAACCAGGAUGCUAUUGGAACUUUUGACUUUGUAGCCAACGGCAUGGAACUUGAUUCCAUUUCCAUGAAUGUUGAUUCGGGUUAUAACUUUCCUGACAGAAACCAAUCUGGAGAGGGUGGAAAUAAUGAAGUCAUCGUUCUGAGUGAUUCUGAUGACGAGAAUGAUGUAGUAAUCACUCCAGGGCCUGCAUACAGUGGUUGUCAAACAGAUGGUGGGCUUACUUUUCCACUGAACCCUUCUGGAAUAAUUAACUCAUAUAAUGAGGACCCACACAACAUAGCUGGGGGAAGUUCACGCUUAGGUCUUUUCAAUGAUGAUGACGAAUUUGAUACGCCCCUUUGGUCAUUUCCUUCUGAAACUCCAGAAGCCCCUGGGUUCCAGCUAUUUAGAUCUGAUGCUGACGUUUCAGAAGGUUUAGUUGGUUUGCAUAAUCAUGGUCCACUAAACUGUGCUCCUGAAAUAAAUGGAGGUUACACCAUGGCUCCUGAGACAUCAAUGGCAUCUGUUCCUGUGGUUCCUGGCUCGGCUGGACGAUCUGAAGCAAACGAUGGCCUAGUUGACAAUCCUCUUGCAUUUGGUAGAGACGAUCCCUCACUUCAAAUAUUUUUGCCAACAAAACCAGAUGCCUCAGCUCAGUCGGGUUUUAAAAACCAAGCUGAUAUGUCAAAUGGUAUCCGCAGUGAAGACUGGAUCUCGCUUAGGCUAGGUGAUAGCGCUUCUGGGAAUCAUCGAGUUCCUGCAACUGCAAACGGGGUUAGCUCAAGCCAGCAGAUGUCUCCAAGGGAAGGUUCUUUGGAUACUACAACAGACACUGCGUCGUUGCUUCUGGGUAUGAAUGGCAGUAGGCAAGACAAGGCAAAGAAGCAAAGAUCAGAUAAUCCAUUUUCAUUUCCUCGGCAGAAGCGUUCUAACAAUGAACGGGAUCAUCAGACAAGACACCGGAGGUUACCAAGAUUUGCUUGAUUCUCUCUGUGCAGGCAAGAAUUGAACCGGUAUUGAUGUUUUCUCUUGUACGAUGUAGUUCACUCUCUUCAAUAUCGGUUCAGAAUCUUGGCAAAAGCAAUGCACUGGCUGAUUUAGUUACUCUGAUAGGCAAGAAAAGUGGGGACAGUGGGUUCCGGUUUAAUUAAUUAGUAAUUUGUAUACUCGAAUAGGUUUUUUUUUUUUUUUUUUUUUUUGUGGACGAUGAUAAAAUUACUUCGAAGCCAGGAGGAGCUAUAGAGAGAUAUAGCAAUGUAAAUUAUGGGCUCCAAUUUUUAUUUAUUUAUUAUAAAAAAAUCAGCUCUUCUCCUCCA